CCUACUUUGUAUCGUGGCUUGCCACAGAAGACACGGAAGAAAGAAAAAAAAAAAUACACAAAACAAAAUAGGUCUGCGUUGACAUCUCGCGAGAACAGCCGGGGAAGCAUCCCGGCAGCGCUGCGGAGACACAGGGUGCGAAACAUGCCGAUGAACAACAACCAGAAGGUACAGAGCGCAGCUGCUAGACUCGCCAAGCUGCCCAUUGUUCACUCAGCUUGUAGCAAGCUGUCAGUCUUGUACGCUGACACCAAAUGCAGCCACCCGAACCUGAAGACUGCGUGUGAGUUGCUGGAGAACAGUGUGACAGCGUUGGGCACAGCGACCUGUGACAGAGUUUCGCCGGUCAUUGUUAAACUGGAGCCCCAGAUUUCCUCUGCAAAUGAAGUGGCAUGUAAAAGUCUUGACUGGCUGGAGACUACUUUCCCUGUGCUUCACACACCCAAGGAGGAGAUUGUUGCCCUGGGCAAGAACAAACUGCACGAGAUCCAGGAUGCGGUAAGCACUGCAGCUAACGGAACCAUGAACUGCGUACAAUACACAGUCACAUGGGUGAUGGAGAGGAUGCAGCAGGUUGAUGACAGGACUAACCAGACUCUGGUGGAGAGAGCCAUCAGUUUGGCCGGUCUGGGACUGGACUCUGCCCUGAGCAUGUCAGAGGCACUGAUGGACUGCGUGCUUCCUCCCACCGAAGAAGAUACAAAAGAAGCAGCAGCUCACUUGGUGGAGGGCUUUGAGGCUGCCAGACUCAGGAGAAGUUACCCUGUGCGACUGGUUUCACUUGCUGCCAAACUGUGUCGGAGGACCUACAGCAUGGUUGGGGUCAAGAUGCACUCUGUUCAGGUCAUGGAGACUUUGUCCAGGCCUUCAGCUCUGGUUCAGGAGCUUCAGACAACCUGGAUGACCUUGGCCUGGAGCCUCCAAGGGCUGCCUCAGUACCUGCAGCAUCAGGCUGUGUCUGUGUUGUUCUUUAUCUCACAGAUGUACAACUUAAGGUGCCCAGCAUCUUCACAAAACCAGUCUAGUCAAGUUAGAAGUCAUCUCAAUGCAGCCGAGGUCUCUUCACUUCACAAGGAUGUGGUCCAGGUCCAGCCAAAGGCUCCACCUACCUGCCGAAUGAGGAGGCCUACCAAAAUGUCUGUGUUUGACAAUGGCUGUAAUGUUAAGGGAUGCAUGCGUCGUUGAUGUAGAUUACUGUAAUUAUUUGUUUGUGUUGAAUUUAUACCCUAAAGCUUUCACAAAGUGGUGUAACUGAAUACUGGUGUAAAAUAAAAGUUAUUUCAAGAUUCAUGAA